UAGUGAUUAUUUAGUUGGUCCUAUUUCAUAAUGGCUGCCGCGAUAUGUUGUGCAUAAGAAAACUUGAUGGAAAAAGGGCGAGGAGUUUAAACGAAUAUUUACACAAUUUCAUUUAAUUUAAAAGAUAAAAAUUCAAAAAGAUGAGUUUAGUUAUGUUGUGUUUUCCAUGUUGUGUGGAUGAGCAGCCGCCACCGAGGCGCAGACCAAAGAUUGACAGAUCACAAAUAGGGUUACCAACAAAUUUCCAGCACACCGGACACAUUGGAUCUGGGGAAAUUGCUUCAGGUUUUGAUGUCCAUCAAGUUCAGAAUUCAAUGCAGUCUAAAGGUGGUUAUGAGCAGGCUUCUGGAAACACAGUACAGUACACGCCUGAUGGUAUCGACUUAUCAAAGAAUGAAGAAAGUGCAAAAACCUCUUCGUCACCUAACGAAAUAACGAUAACACUAAAUUCUGAUGAGCCAAAAAAUAAUACGUCUUGACACUAAUUAAUAACCUUGUUCAGGGUUACAAGUGACGACUCAUUCAUCUAUAGUUGUAUAAUAGUAGAUAUAUACCAAAUGUUUUGUCUAAUGGUAUUGUAUUAUAUAGUAUUUGGUAUGUUGAAUUUAACGCCUGGUCUUUAUGAUUCUCCAUCGCAGAGGUUUUUAAUGCUUCAAAUGCUUCCUGCAUAAAGUUUGUAUUUCUUAUCCUCUUUUAAGAUGGUCGUCUCGAAGGGAUUCUUAAAUCUUUAAUAUUUUGAAUACUCACCACAUAUUUUUAAGAGAGGUAAAACUGUGAUUAAUUUUAUACUUGUAAAUGCGAUUCUGUAAACUUUAUACCAUUCUUUGGAACUACCUUACAUGUGCGCAGAAAUAUGUCAAAGUCUAUUUUCGGAACAGUCUAUUUUUAAACUAGUGCAAUUACUAUGGUGAUGUUUGUUUGUUUGUUUGUUUGAUUGUUUUUUAAAAUAAGUAUGAUUUACUUUUAAAUUUUCUUUUUUUUCGUCAGAAAUAAUUUUGCUUUAAUGCGUAAAUUAUUUGUGCUCAAUUCGAGACAUUUUCAUCUGUUGCUUUGAUUUCAUGUGUCAUUUCACUAACGGGGCGCUUUUUGGUACAAUUUCAUGACAUUUAGUGAUAUACUUUUUAGAUUUUAGAUUUGAAAGUUUUUCAUAGAACGUGUGACCAUUACAACAACAGAUACUUUUUGGUAUAAUUAAAAAAAUAUGAGAACAGGUUGGGUUACUAUCGUAUUAAAACUACCUUUCUAUUUAUCUGAAAUUGCAAGACUCUUGAGUGGUAUCUAACAAAUUUUUCCCAGAGUAGAAUUACUUUCGAUUAACCCACGAUUAUUUAUUUAACAUGUCUCAAGUCUCAAUCUUUUCAAUGCAGGUGCACGAUUUUGGAUUGGGUUAUACUAUCAUUCUUAUUUCCUAUUAGUUACUUGGGAAUUUUUUUAAAAAAGAUUGAUUGACAAGGGUAGCUACGAGUUUAUUUUUAUAAGUUGAUCAUGAACGUAAAAUAAAUGAUUCCAAUAAUUUA